AUGUUUGCGGUACUUAACAUUAUAAGAUGUCCAUUUUGCAAAACCUCAAAUUAUGCUGUGGAGUAUCGAGGUGUGAAAACAAAGGAGGAAAAGGGUUUGGAGCAGAUUGAAGAACAGCGUGUUAUAGAAGCACAAAUUAGGAUGCGACAGCAGGAGCUUCAGGAUGAUGAAGAGAGAAUGCAGAAAAGACUAGAAGUGAGUUCCUCGAGCAUUAAUAUUUCACCAGGGGAGCUUGAAUGUGGGCCAACAGCUGUUUCGGCUGAUAGGGCUCCAGUGGACAGUGAGGAAAUUGUUUCAUCUCAAUACUCAAUCAGACGUCCUCCACACUCUGGAGCGAACAGGGAUGAUGAAUUUGACCUGGAUCUCGAGGAUAUUAUGGUCAUAGAAGCAAUCUGGCUUUCCAUUCAGGAAAAUGGAAGACAGAAAAAUCCAAUGUGUGGUGAUGCUGCGCCAUCUGAACAAUAUACCAUGGGAGCACGCUAUGCUUCACCAGCAAUGGCACCACUGGCUGGAUCGUCGUCAUCCCCUUCUGGAGGUCUUGCUUGUGCUAUAGCUGCUCUCGCUGAGCGUCAGCAGACGGGUGGGGAAUCACAUGUUCACAGUAAUAUGCCAGCAUUCAACAUGCUUCCAAGCACCAGUAGCUUUUACAAUAGGCUUGAGCAGCAGGAUGCAGACAAUUACUCUCCUGCACACAGCUCUAGCAAUGUAUUGCCAGAUUGCAGGAUGAUUGCAACAAGGGAUGAUGGGGAAUGGGGUGCAGAUCGUGGAUCAGAUGCUGCUGAAGCUGGGACCAGUUAUGCAAGUUCCGAGACAGCAGAAGAUGCUGGUGGAAUAUCUGCCCUAUUAACUCCACCACCACCACCAGAUGAAAUUGGUGGAAGCUUUCAGAAUGUCCCAGGACCCAUUCCUGAGAGUUUUGAGGAGCAGAUGAUGCUGGCUGUGGCCGUUUCUCUUGCCGAGGCUCGAGCUAUGACAACUGGACCCCAAAGUGCAUGGCAAUAG